AUGCCGCAAGACAUCACCAGAACGCGCGGAAUAACAACCAUUGUGCGCGCGGACUUCCGAACGGUAUUCCGGCCGGCCGAACACGUAAAUAACACGUGCAUACACGGAAUUCCAGACCACGCGAUCGACGAGGUUCAUCACAGAGACGCAAUUCGUCCCGACGCCUGCGCCACCGACGCCGACCAAGAGACGCACGCCACCGACCUGCUCGGCGCAGUCAACACUGCUCCCAGCGACUCGUCGCUUGUCCACGACAUCCCCCGAUGGAACUACCUCGCCCCCGCCCGCCGCCACCACUCGCCGCCCGACCCAGCCCCACAAAGGUACGUUCUGACACCACCCGACUCGUCACAGACACUCGAACCGCAGCUUGCACGGCCUGACUCAUCACCGACACCUUGUGACUCGUCGCCAACUUCAUGCAUCACAACGCUGCAGCCUCCUGAUAUCGACAUCAUCCUGCCGUUGAAUCACCCUGCCACGCCCGGCAUCCCGACGCCGACGCGACGCCUGAUUGAAGCACCGCCACCGGGAUUUGAUGCCAUCAUGUCGCCGGACUGCCCGGCCACAUCACCGCGAACCGCACCCGUUGACGCCGCGACGCCCCAACAGCACACUCCACAAACCACGAGCGAGACCAAGACCCGGGCCGCACAGCCUUCGGCCCACCCAACACCGGCCGCUAAGCACCAGCCUGUCAGCGAGGCCAAGCCGGGCCGUGCCGAACACCGCCCUCGCCUGCUGUCCGCCCACAAUGAGCCGCCAGACCGCAGUCACCCGACCAGGCGGCCGGCACCUUGGCCGCCGCCGAUCCAGAGCCGCUACCGCCGCCCGCUGCAAGGGACAGCUGACGCCAUUCGUCCCGACGCCUGCGCCACCGACGCCGACCAAGAGACGCACGCCACCGACCGGCUCGGCGCAGUCAGCACUGCUCCCAGCGACUCGUCGCUUGUCCACGACAUCCCCCGAUGGCACUACCUCGCCCCCGCCUGCCGCCACCACUCGCCGCCCGACCCUGCCCCACAAAGUGACGCACCGCCGCCCGGAUUUGCUCCACUGUGUCCACCUGGCUGUGAGACACAGCUGGUCUGGCCUGCGAGCUUCCAUCCGAUGCCGACUGCGCCAAUAUCAGUCCAUCGCGCCAAGACGCCCAACACACCGAACGAGACGCCCUCCAAAACAGACCAAGAUACCUCAGGCCAGUCCAAGCACACUCCACAAACCACGAGCGAGACCAAGACCAGGGCCGCACAGCCUUCGGCCCACCCAACACCGGCCGCUAAGCACCAGCCUGUCAGCGAGGCCAAGCCGGGCCGUGCCGAACAGCGCCCGCGCCUGCUGCCCGCCCACAAUGAGCCGCCAGACCGCAGUCACCCCACCAGGCGGCCGGCACCUUGGCCGCCGCCGAUCCAGAGCCGCUACCGCCGCCCGCUGCAAGGGACAGAUGGUGGGUCGCCACCUCCAGGUUAA